AUGGAGACAUGGGAAGAUAGAAAAGUGUGGAGGGGAAUGAAGGAUGAAGAAGAAGAAGAAGAAGAAGAAGAAGAAGAAGAAGAAGAAGAAGAAGAAGAAGAAGAAGAAGAAGAAGAAGAAGAAGAAGAAGAAGAAGAAGAAGAAGAAGAAGAAGAAAUGUGCCAAUGGGCCAAUGGAGCCGCGGGCUCGGAGAACCCGAUCAACGAAAAUCCCUCGGACCUAGAACGGUCGUCACCACACGGACACUACGAGCCUUCCCUGACCAUCAUGCCGGAAGGCAAGCACUUCAUGGUAAAAGAGGCUUUUGACUGCACAGGAGGCUCGUCCAAAGCACUGCGAGGCGACUCGCGUGAAACAACGCAGACAGCCAAUGCAGUCGCUGGAGGACAGAGCUCCAAGACCCAGCACCAUGGUUCGUAUGAGCAACACAGAUGGAGAUUUCUCCAUCGUGUUCCCAACAACCUGAUGGUUGAUUGGAUCAAAUAA